GUGAUCUCUUUUAAACACACUCCUCAUUCGCGCUUCCCCACGCUGCAAAGAGUUUAAGCCUUUGGUCUCAACAAAGGAGGUCGAAGAAGCUAAAGUUUCAGAGACAGAGACAGAGACAGAGACAGAGACAGCAAGUUAACCAUGAAUAUGGAUGGGCCUCUUGAUUUCGAGAACGAAGAUCCUCUCGUUAACCCUCCAGCGUCAGUUGGGAAAAGGAAGAAAGUUAUUGGCUUGGACGAUCUUCUCUCUGAUUUCUACAAAGAGAAGAGCAAGCUUAUAGACAAGCAGAACAAGAAACGGAAAGUCUCCAAGGUUUAUGAUUCAGAUGAAGAUGAACAUGGCCAAGAAGCUUUGCUUUCUAUUGUUGAUAGCUGCCAGAAUCAGAUGAAUGAGAUAGGCGGUGAAGAAGAUAUCCAAGAGUGGGGAUUAUGCAUGUUUGGAGAUCAGAAAGCUCCAACACCUCCACUACUUGCGGAUCUCGAGGAUUGCUACUUGUUGAAAGAGUUUAAGAAUAGUGAGUCAAAUUUGGUGGUGGAUCUUAGUCCAGACAAUGGAACGGCUAUUCUUGAAGGAUUGCUGGUUAACGGCUGGCUCACAAAACUGGUCUUGACAUGUGCGCGUGUGGAAGAAAUCAUAUGCAAAUGGACGCUCAAUCUUUUGUUGUAUUCAUCAAAAGAAGAUCUAAGAUCAUCUGCUUGUGACUUCUGGUGUUCCUUACUGUCAUCGCAAAACGAGGUUAAUGGAGCUCCUGUUGAAAUACACUGGCUUCCUAACUAUCAGCAACUUAAUGAAGCUCUUGAAUCAUACGGGUUCAGAAUUAUUUCGUCACAAGAUGUUGAACUAGCUGAAGCCGAUUCUGAGUCUCAAGGUCCUCCUCAGAAUAUUAGAGCUUGGCUCAAAUUUGUCGCAGCUUGUUGUCAAAUUAGGUGUAAAAAUCCCAUUUUUACCACUUCACAAGUUGAACAGAUAGCUGAAAUCCUUGUAUGGCUGCUCUUAGAUCGUGCUCUUCAAGGUCUUUCACUUCUCUUACAAGAGUGCUUAAUAUCUGUCAUUGGAUCCUUCAAAGAGGAAGAAUGGGUUUCAAGCUGCAAGGAAAUAGCUAACUCUCUUGCUUCCAGAGUACCUCAAGACAUGAAUUGUUUGAGGAUAGUGGAAUCCGUUUCAGGUGUUGAUACUCGAAGCAAGUAUCUGAGAAGUUCCAUCUCAAAUCAAAUGCUUGUUGUUUUACUUGAUCAUAAGGAUAGCGACGAGAAUAUGAUGAGCUCUCUGAUGUCUAUCAAUCUGAAGGAGAAAAAUUGUAACCUUUUCAGAACUUACAUUUUCUUGGUUUUGGCGGAGAACUGGCUCUUCUCCAGUAAAUUGGUAGAAGAAAAGCCGGUACUCAAGGACAUGUGGGCUGUGUUUCUCAGAAACUGUUCUUGUCAGAUUAGCAGCACCGAUCUGCGGCCUUAUGCAUCAAAAGUUCGUACCAAAGCCGCCUAUCUUCUCCAAGGAUGCAGUAGCAAUUGAAGUGCUAAAUCUGAAACUUUAGCAGUAACUUUCCUGAGUGAAAUGUCUUUAGUAUUAGGUUUUGUUCUAAUAUAGUCUUUACAACUAAAAAUCUGAAAUGUAGAACCCUUAAUUAAUCCUUAUUUUUGCCCAUGUCUUGGUGUUAAAGA